GUUUACUUUUGUAGAAAACGAGAGAAAUAACUUUCAAUUUGUUCAUCACCAAGAUUCUCUUAUCCUUCUCUCCAGCUGAUUUGAAGGAGAAUUCAUUCCAUCUGUUUAAAUCCGGCGAAUUCAAGCUUACGGUUUUUUCGGUGUAAGAUCGAACAUAUACUAAAUAUAAUCAACGAAGAUGAGCUUGACCUCGAGAGAGGACAUGGGAAUAAAACAAGAAGACAAUGAUCAUACUCAAGCGACUUCUUUGUCAUGGUUGAGGCAAAACCCGAGGAUCGUGCGAGUCUCGAGAAAAUUUGGAGGGAAAGACAGACACAGCAAAGUGUGCACAGUUCGUGGUCUUCGAGACAGGAGAAUAAGAUUGUCGGCGAUGACAGCGAUCCAGGUCUACGACCUUCAAGAUCGGUUAGGGCUAAGUCAGCCUAGCAAAGUCAUUGAUUGGCUCUUAGAAGCUGCCAAACACGACGUCGAUUUGCUUCCUCCUUUGCAAUUCAUACCUAGUCUCUCCGCCGGCGCCGGAAAAUCUUUUCCCGGGAUAUUCGAAAGUUUCGAUCUUGGAAGCUCCUCUUUGAGAACUGAUACGACCCAGAGAGAAAGUUUGGAUCUUGAGAGAAGUAAAUUGGUUAAAUUCGAUGAGAGCAGUAAUCUUGAUCAUCGUUUUUUCUCCAACUCAAGGCAAAGCAACAAGCUUUGUUUCCCUACUUUGUCGGCGUAUAACAGCAGCAGCAGCUCUUAUCACUACAACAACCUCGGACAUAUCCAACAGUACUCGCUACUUGACCAAUCUGGUAACGUUACUGUCACAUUGUCCAAUAAUAAUGAUCUGAAUCCACAGGGGAUGGAAACUAUGAGCUCUAUAAUUCCGAGGUACCCUUCGUUUCUCGGUGGUGAUCAACUUCAACUCUUUAGUUCAAACUCGAACUCGUCGAAGCAAAUAGAUUAAUCAUGUCGAGUAAUUCCAGCUUGGUUUCAUAAGUUUAUAUGAUAUAUGAGUUUGAAUCUUGAGACGGACGUAGAGAGAUUUCUAUGGUUUAGUGGUUAUAAUUGUUGGAUCGAGUGUAUUUGUAAUAAGAUAGAUAGUGUUUUCUUUUUGUUCUAAGCAUUAUCGACGUCCGAUCCGAUUCGUGGAAUGAUAUACUCUACAUGCGAUCGAAGUUGGUGGAAUAUCUACUUGUAAUUUUGUAUUUUUGGUAU